UUCAUCAGCUGUGGGGUUCCGGGAUGUAGCUCAUCGUUAAUUAGGGCAUAUGCAUUUUCUGGUAAAUAAGAUAGAGAUAAAAGAGAUUGACAAUGAGCACGGGACUGUAUCGAACGUCUGAAUAUUUAGUUAAAACGUUUCUGUUUAUGUACAUCUUAUUUCCCAAAUGAAAGUAACAAAGACCUUUUCCCAAUAAACAAAACCUGUGUGAAGAUGGGAGAUUGGAACUUCCUGGGUGGGAUCUUGGAGGAAGUGCAUAUCCACUCUACCAUAGUGGGAAAGAUCUGGCUGACCAUCCUCUUCAUCUUCCGGAUGCUAGCACUUGGCGUUGCUGCAGAAGGCAUGUGGAACGACGAGCAGGCCGACUUCAUCUGCAACACAGAACAGCCAGGGUGCCGCAAUGUGUGCUACGACCGAGCCUUCCCCAUCUCUCUCAUCCGCUACUGGGUUCUCCAGGUCAUCUUCGUCUCCUCGCCCUCUCUGGUUUAUAUGGGCCACGCCAUCUACCAGCUGCGAGCUCUGGAGAAGACGCGUCACACUAAAAAGGCAGUUCUGCGUCGGGAGCUGGAGGCAGUGGACGUGGAGCUGAUCGAGGUGCGGAGACGUAUCGAGAGGGAGAUGAGACAACUGGAUCUGGGGAAGCUCAACAAGGCUCCGCUGAGGGGGUCCCUGCUACAGACCUAUGUGGCCCACAUCAUCACUCGGUCUGUGGUGGAGGUGGGUUUCAUGAUGUGCCAGUACCUCCUCUAUGGCCACCACCUGGACCCUCUAUUUAAGUGCGAGAGGGAGCCCUGCCCAAACGUGGUGGACUGCUUUGUCUCCAGGCCCACAGAAAAAAACAUCUUCAUGAUGUUCAUGCAGGGCAUCGCCGCCGUGUCCCUCUUCCUCAGCCUCUUGGAGAUCAUGCACCUGAGCUACAAGAAGCUCAAGAAGGGCAUCCUGGCCAACCACCCACAUCUCAAGGAUGACCUGGAAGACUACUAUGUUAGCAAGUCCAAAAGAAACUCUGUCAUGCAACAGGUUAACAUGGGGGGCACCUCUGAGGGCCGCAAGUCUACUAUCCCCACAGCACGGAGUGGGUACACAUUCCUGCUGGAGAAGCAGGGUAAUGGACCCACGUAUCCCCUCCUCAAUGCGUCCUCUGCUUUUUUUCCCAUUCAGGGGGACCCUGGAGUCAAGCCAGGUACAGACAGCCACAAUACAGACAGUAAGGAGGGAGUGCUGCCAAGUCCUACUGAGCACAACAGCAACUCAAACACCAGCAGUGAGACGACUCGGUCUCCCUCUGUGGACAAGCAGGAUGAGCCAGAGGACCUUGUCGUGCACCCUCUACCCCAUCACAUGGACCCUCUACCCUGUCACAUAGAUCCUCUCGCCCAUCUCCCCCACCACGUGGGCUUCAAGUCACAGGCCUCGGGGUACCCCACCCUACCUGUGGUAGAUGCCUCCUCAUGCCCGACCCUUUCGGUCAUUGUGAGGAAACCCCGGCGGGUCAGUGCCCCCUGGAACUGUUCCACAGUGGUGGAAGGGAAUGGCUCAAAUAGUGGGGACUCCUACCCUGGGACAAUAAGCAUGAAGCCACGCUGCAGCUUUGCUGCCAGCCGAGUCAGAGCCUUCUCUAAGCCGGACCUCAAGAGAAUGAGCAGACCCCAUAGCCCAGACUCAAUAGGAGAGCUGAGCUCUGCGUCCCGGCACAGCCACGAUGGCAACAGUCCUCCUGUCGGCCCUCCCAACCGCUGAAUGUCAUUGGCAAGUAACGCCAGCAGCAGGCAAGCUCCAGGCAACCUGCAGAUCUAAAAGUUAGGGUAUUAAACUCAAGUAACAAGAAACCGUUACAAUGUUAGACUCACAUUUCCCCAUCACUUCCAUUGAUUGUUAGCUUUUGGUGGCUAAAAUUAGCUGAAGUUUGCAACAUUUACGUCAUUUAGCAGACGCUCUUAUCCAGAGCGACUUACAAAUUGGUGCAUUCAACUUAUGAU